AUGCCUCACCAAAAAAGGAUAUCAAAAUAUUUAAGAUUAUGUCUGACGCAGUUUUGUUUUAUCUACCAAACACCGCGUGUUGUAUCACUAAAAAGCAAACGGAUUGGGAUUAUCUACAGGACGCUGCAGCUGGCUCUGCUAGCAUACCUCGUUGGGUAUGUUUUCCUCUAUAAAAAAAGCUAUCAGGCUACGGACACUGCAGAUUUUAGCGUGGUAACGAAAGUCAAAGGCAUGCUAUACCGCAACGUUAAUGGGUCCAAGGAGGUUUGGGACAAUAACGACUUUGUCGUACCAGCACAGGAAAGCAAUGCGUUUUUUAUCGCGACCAACAUGGUUUACACUAGGAAUCAAAGUCAAGGAAUUUGUCCAGAGGAUGCCAAUGUUGGAGUAGAAGGCAUCGAAUGUUCGGAAGAUUUCGACUGCGAGAAGGGCAAACCAACCCCCUACGGAAACGGUAUCAAGACCGGCAAAUGCGUCCAACGAACCGGCACUUGUGAAAUUUCCGGUUGGUGCCCGACCGAAAUUGACGAUCCGCCAUCGAAGCCGGUAUUGAGUGGAUUUGAGACGAUAACCAUAUUAGUCAAAAAUCACAUCGCCUUCCAGAAGUUUAAGAUUAAGCGGCGGAAUAUUUUGUCCCACUUCACGCAAAAGUAUCUCCAGACCUGCCGCUACGAUCCAGAUGAUGAUCCAAAAUGUCCAAUAUUUUCCGUCAAAGAAAUUGUCAAAUAUGCUCAAGAGAAAUUCGAAGAUAUGGCUGUUAAGGGUGGCAUAAUUGGUUUCCAUAUACGAUGGAUGUGCGACCUAGAUCGUGGUGAAGAAGAAUGUCUGCCGGAGUAUUCUUUCAAACGCCUCGAUGACCAAACCGACAAAGUGGCCAAAGGAUGGAACUUCCGCCAUGCAUAUUACUUUUAUGAUGCUAAAGGAGGGAAUCGAAGAGAUCUUGUCAAAUUUUGGGGAAUACGGUUUAUUUUUAUUGUGACUGGGCAAGCCGGAAAAUUCUCCAUUGUUCCAUUCGUUAUGCAUUUAGGUUCCAGUUUGGGAUUGUUUGGCAUUGUAUCACUUGUAUGCGAGUUGGUAAUCUCAUGGUGUUUCCGAUCUGAUUUCCUCAGAGAGCAGAAAUAUAUUGAUUUGGAAACUAUUAAGCAGGCCCGACGAAGGUCAACUGCCGCCGGCCUGCUUCCACCGGACACAUUCCAGAUGCAAGUGCGAUCCAACAGUGCCACACCGUACAGCAGCACCCGCCAUCUGAUCAAUGUGAAUUCCACACGCAGUACGCCGGCGUUGGCCCGCGUUACCGCUGUCCAUCCGUCACCGCGCACGGUGCGCAUCGAAAGUAACGCCAGCAGCGGCAGCACCGAUAGUUUAGCUUAUAUGGACAUAAGUCCAACCGCUGGUCGGCCGGGUCGGUCGAAAAGUGAUCCCAUUGUGCCGCGCAGUGUGAUGUCCAAAGCUAGCAGUAAACCGGAUGGUCAAAAUCGCAGUGUUGUUACGGAUGAGAUUGACGAGCUGGAAUGGAUAUGAUAGUUUUGAAUCGGCUACAUUAGACGUAUACAGUAAUAUUGUUGUGAAAUGUGCUCAUGAUUGGAUAUACAAAAUAAAAUUUUAUUGAACAGCGA